CCAGCUGUUGGCCGCAUCCAUCCACCCUGCCACUGCCACCGGCUCCUUGAUUCCCUCCCCUUGCCCUGCUCCAAGCCAAUAAUUCGCCGCAGAAAACUCAGCCAGCGUCUGCGCCAUGGCUUCGGAGCAUGUUAUCGGGAAGCUCAGCGUCCGGGUUGUGCGGGGACACAACCUCAUCAUCGCCGACCCGCUCACCCACACCAGUGACCCCUACGUCGUCCUCUCCUACGGCUCCCAGAAGGUGAAGACCGGUGUUCAGAAGAAGAAUGCCAAUCCUCUAUGGAAUGAACUAUUGCUGCUCCCUGUCACAAAUCCAACAAAGCCAGUGAAACUGGAGGUUUUCGACGAGGACAAAUUCACAGCCGAUGACAGCAUGGGAGUGGCUGAGUUCAACGUAACUGACAUCUAUGAUGCUGCAAAGCUGGAUCUGAAGCAUGCCUCUGACGGAACAAGGAUCAAAACGAUCUACCCGGUUGGCACUAACUACCUUGGUGGUGAGAGCCACGUCUCGUGGAAGAAUGGAAAGGUCGUCCAAGACUUGAUUCUGAAGCUGAAGAACGUUGACAGUGGCUCUGUCGUGCUGCAGCUGGAGUGGGUUCACGUCCCUGGCGUUACGCUGUAAGCUAUUUGUGAUCAAAUGUUACUGCAACCUGGUGUCAUGAAGCUACACCUAUGGUUGGUACAUGUUCCUGGUGUCACAGUCGUAACAAUCAGUGGAUGCUUGUUUUGCAGUGUGUAAGGUGUGUGUGUGGUGAUGUGUUUCAGUGUUACAGUGUGCACUGUAUUUGUAGUACAUCCUGGUGUUGCUGUGAAUUUGUGUUUGAAGUCGAACAGAUAAGAAACAACACCCUUUGUGGCAGCUGUAGUGAGAAGUAAAAUAACAUUCCAGAGCUUUAUUGGGGA